UGAGGGCUGGUGUGUGCCGGUGUGGGGUGGGGACAGGAGGGGACGUGCUGUUGACUGUACACAGCCCACACCCACAAGUCACACUGGGUGCAGCCGGUUCCCCCCAGUCCCCUGCGGUGACUGUCCCCAUAUAAUGUGCGUGCCACCAGCCGUGCCAUCAGUGCCACCACCAUGGAGGGGGACGUGGGGACACGGAUGGCUGACAUUGAGAAGGAGAGCCUGCUGGGUGCUGUGCACGGCGUCUCGGGGCCCGUGGUGACGGCCAUACGCAUGGCAGGGGCAGCCAUGUAUGAACUGGUGCGUGUGGGGCACGCAGAGCUGGUGGGGGAGAUCAUCCGCCUGGAGGGGGACAUGGCCACACUGCAGGUGUAUGAGGAGACCUCGGGGGUGCGGGUGGGGGACCCAGUGCUGCGCACGGGUCAGCCGCUCUCGGUGGAGCUCGGUCCUGGCAUCCUGGGCUCCAUCUUCGAUGGCAUCCAGCGCCCGCUGCGGGACAUCGCACAGCUGACGGGUGGCAUCUACAUCCCACGAGGUGUCAACGUCCCCGCCCUGCCACGGCACCUCACCUGGGACUUUGUCCCCAGCAAGAGCAUCCAGGUUGGCAGCCAUGUCACUGGUGGGGACAUCUAUGGGACAGUGACAGAGAACUCACUCAUCCAACACAAGAUCAUGGUGCCACCCCGCAGCUGUGGCACCGUCACCCACAUCGCACCACCAGGACACUACAGCAUCUCGGAUGUGGUGCUGGAGCUGGACUUCGAGGGUGUGGCCGAGCAGCUGACCAUGAUGCAGGUGUGGCCAGUGCGGCAGACCCGGCCCGUGGUAGAGAAGCUGACAGCAAAUCACCCACUGCUGACAGGACAGCGCGUGCUGGAUGCGCUUUUCCCAUGCGUGCAGGGUGGCACCACAGCCAUCCCCGGUGCUUUUGGCUGCGGCAAAACCGUCAUCUCGCAGUCCCUGUCCAAGUACUCCAACAGCGACAUCAUCGUCUACGUGGGCUGCGGGGAGCGCGGCAAUGAGAUGUCAGAGGUGCUGCGGGACUUCCCCGAGCUCACCAUGGAGGUGGAUGGGAGGACGGAGAGCAUCAUGAAGCGCACCACGCUGGUGGCCAACACCUCCAACAUGCCAGUGGCUGCCCGCGAAGCCUCCAUCUACACUGGCAUCACGCUGUCUGAGUACUUCCGCGACAUGGGGUUCAACGUCAGCAUGAUGGCCGACUCCACCUCCCGCUGGGCUGAGGCGCUGCGAGAGAUUUCAGGGCGCUUGGCUGAGAUGCCGGCAGACAGCGGGUACCCCGCGUACCUGGGCGCUCGCCUGGCCUCCUUCUAUGAGCGUGCGGGGCGGGCGCGCUGCCUGGGGUCCCCCCUCCGCGAGGGCAGCGUCAGCAUCGUUGGAGCGGUGUCACCGCCCGGAGGGGACUUCUCAGACCCUGUCACCUCAGCCACGCUGGGCAUCGUGCAGGUGUUCUGGGGUCUGGACAAGAAGCUGGCACAGCGCAAGCACUUCCCGUCAGUGAACUGGCUGAUCAGUUACAGCAAAUACUUGCGGGCGCUGGAGCCCCACUACGAGCGGCUGCACCCUGACUUCCCCACACUGCGCACCCGUGCCAGGGAGAUCCUGCAGGAGGAGGAGGAUCUGGCUGAGAUUGUGCAGCUCGUGGGGAAGGCGUCUCUUGCUGAGGCUGACAAGGUGACACUGGAGGUAGCCAAACUCCUCAAGGAUGACUUCCUGCAGCAGAAUGGCUACUCCUCCUAUGACAGGUUCUGCCCCUUCUACAAGACAGUGGGGAUGCUGCAAAACAUCGUCACCUUCUAUGAGCUCGCCCGACAUGCCGUGGAGGCCACUGGGUCUGGAGAGCGCCGUGUCACUUGGGCAACCAUCCGUGAGAACCUCGGGGACAUCCUGCACCGUCUGAGUGCCAUGAAGUUCAUGGAUCCAGUGAAGGACGGCGAAGCCAACAUCACGGCUGCCUUCACGCAGCUCAACGAGGAGAUGCAGGCAGCCUUCCGCAACCUGGAGGACUGAGGGUCUCCCUCUGGACCCUCUGCUCCAAUAACCCCCCCACCCCAAUUCACCCCCCACCUAUUUCAGGAUCUGUCCUCAGGGUCCCACUUGUCCUCGUAGAAUCUUAGAAUGGCCUGGGUUGAAAAGUACCACAAUGCUCAUCUGGUUUCAACCUCCCUCUUAUGUGCAGGGGCUGCCAACCAGCAGACCAGGCUGCCCAGAGCCACAUCCAGCCUGACCCCAUGUCAGUAAGCAAUUCUUUGUUUACCACAUUGUGCCCUGUUCCUUUAAUGAGUGAUUUAGCUGGUUUAAAGCAGCUGUGUCUGCUACUGCUUUUCUCUACAACAUUCUUUUCCAUUAUACGCAACUACACACUGCAGUGGUGUACCUCAGAGGUUUCAUGAAGGUCUAUUUCAAAGUAGCAGGAGUUUUGUUCAGUGUCAAGACAAAGGCCUCAGGCCUUGAUGGUAUUAAAUGUUGGUAUUAAA